AUGAGGAGAGACCAGCUCCGCCCAAAAAACUAUGCAGAGGCCACAAAGGCGAGCAGGACGCUGGCGCUAAAGGCCGCAAUGCUCGACAAUGCGCGCACGUUUCGGUGCAACAGAAAAGAUUGGGGAGGCAGGAGAAAGAGAAGGAGGAAGGAAGCGGAGGAGGAGGAGGAGGAGGAAGGACGAGGCACGCCAGCCCAGAUGCACAUACGAGCGCUCGAGCGGACUACCCCCUGCGCCAACCGCGGCCGCACCCUUGAAAACUCCUCCUAUCUGGCGCGGGUGCUGUGGCCGCCGCCAGGAGGACAGGAAAGCGCCUAG